AUGAGUGAAAAUCAAAUAAGUGACAUUGCAUCGUCGGACUAUGAAUAUAAGACCAAAUAUAUGAAACGAAUUAUGAAAGCAUUGAAGGAAGUUACAAAUGAAAUGUCUUCGAAUGCGAAGGGGUCAAUCAUUACACCCACUAAAUUAUUCGAAAAUCUAGUAUGUAAAUUUCAACAAUUACAAAAGAGUGAUGCCGACGCUCGAGAUCGUUAUCGUCAAGGAAUAGUAUUAUGCAAUGAAUUGAUCGAUUCUAUUGCGACAGCUACUAUUGGUGACGCAGAUGCUUAUCGAAUUUGUCUGGAACUGUUUUCAAAAGUGAUAGAAGAAUUUCGAUUUGGAAUUAUUACGAAUGAUGAGAAGCUGUUAGAACGCGAAAUUUUCUUUGCAUUUCUUGACCUGCUCUCUAAACGAGAAAUCUGUACGUACUUGAAUGAUGAUCAAUGUACAACAAUGCCGCAAAAAGAGUUUUAUAAAUUCUUAACUAAUGUACUUUUGGCUAUUUCUAAUUCAAACAUUAAAUGCGUUUGUUUGACCACCGAUGAUGCUGCCACUCGCAAAUAUACUGACACAUUUUAUACUAUGUGGAAGCGGGUGGAACGCAAUGUGCAUUUCACCAAUCAAACGGAACAAAAACUACCUGUCAUAGAUUCGACAACAAAUUAUAUUCGUCAUUUUUUCUGGAACUUUUCUAAUCGUACAGUUGUUGUGCCAUGGUUGCUGGAUAAUGGCGUGGUGAAAAUUAUUUUAGAAUGUUUGAAAACAAUACCACUAUCAUCAGAAAAAGGUAUAGAUAUUACCUCCAUCAUUCUUAAUAUAUCUCGACACGAUGAUGGUGUUGAUGAACUCAACAAAUUCGAUGGUCUUCGUAUCCUUAAGGAUAUUCAAAGUAACAACACAGAAGAGUUGGAUGAUUCCAAGAAUCUUAUUAUUUCGAUGGCCAUUGCUCAUCUCUCUACAGUCGAACAGAUUCGUUCAGAUAAUAAACGAAAGAAUAGAAUUCUUAAUGAAUUAUUACAAGUGACUAUUAAUGCUGCCAAAAUGGAAGAUCGUCUCAAGUAUCGUGGCUUCCAUGUAUCUGAGCCCUUAGCUGUGUUCACCAAACUGUUUGUCGACGAUCUUUCGCUUGAAUAUGUCUUGAAUCAUGCAGAAACUGAUCCACAACUGACACUAUCAGACACAAUUGCUUUAUUCAUCAACUUGUUCAUCGAAUUUUGCGGUGCAUUUGCAGUAGAAGAUCCGCUGAAACAAUUCACAUGCACAGCUUUACUAAACAUUCUAUGGAGUAUUUCGUUUCAAGAUCGGUAUAAAGCAAAACUGAAACAAAAUAAUAAAGAUCUAUUGGAGACUAUCAAAAGUUUAGCUAUGGACAAUGAUGAGAAAAUAGUCGAUCGGUAUGUUCCACGUUCGAUGGAAGGUAUGAGAAAUGCUGCUAAUGGUAUUCUUUACAAUCUGAAUGUGAUAUCCGAUAAUAAGAAAGAUGCCAAGUCAGACAUACCAAUAGUUUCGAAUACGGACAACGGAAAACCGAUGAUUAUGAUCAGUUAUGCUCAUGAUAACGACCAAUUUUGUGAUAAAAUUCUUAUGGAAUUAGAAAAAAGUCAAGAUCUUUUUGGGAUCUGGAUUGAUCGUAAUCAUUGCUCAUCGAGUGAAGAUUUAUGGGAAAAAAUUGCUCGUGGUAUUGGACAAGCGAAACUUGUAGUAUGUCUUCUUUCCCAAGAUUAUUUCAAUAGUAAAUCAUGUCGAAAAGAAGCAUCCUUUGCUAUCAAACGCAAAAAACCAAUUGUUCCUAUCUAUUUUGGUGAACCUGGUGAUUGUGAUUGGCUUGACAUUCACAUUGCUGAUCGCAAAUAUAUUCGUUUCAAAAGCAAUAAAUCUGAACUGGAUGAUGCUAAAGUUCAAGAAAUGCUAAGAACGAUCGAAGCUACUAUUAAAGAAGCACAAGAGCAAUCUUCACACCCACAACAAAUAGAACAACAUAGUGUACCUGCACAACCUCGAAAAGAAAUAGAAGAAAUCCAAUCAACAACUAUCGAUGUAAAAAAAACACCCGAAGAGUGGACUCGAAAUGAUAUUCAGAAAUGGUUUUAUAGCCAUAAUGUACCUGAUACACUUUUGAAACUAUUUGAUUUUCAGUCAUUUGCGGAAAUGAAUCAAUAUGCUUCGAAACUACAAGCAAAUCCUAAAAAUGAAUUUUUAAAAUAUGGUCAGCGUUAUGCAAAAGCUCAUGCAGGUGAUGAACUUGAAGAAUAUAUUUUCGAUCGAUUUAAAAACGCUCUCCUCGAGUUACCCGUCAAUCGAUCGGACACAAUGAAACUAUCGACGCCAUCUUCGAAACCAUCAUCAUCUAACUCAAGUACAUGUACUAUUUCAUGA